GCGUUGCCUUCGUUCCUCGUGCCUUCUUUCCUUUGAACUGAGUUGGCACGUUGGCAACGUAUCCAGAUAAUGUGUGCGUUACAGUUUGAAGGGAACCUUCUUAGGGAUGAGGUCAGUCAGAGCGAGCUUCGCCAGUUUCCUUUCAAGACGACCUUGUUCUUCAAGUCUAUUUUUCCUUUGGUGCAUUGAUUUUAGGGGAAGGUUGUUUCUCCAGUCGACCUUUCUUCUCUAGCUAGCUAGCUAGACUAUCGACACUUGGCUGCACAUAGACUACGCGGGGGUUUGUUCGACACCUGUCAGAGGACCGUAUCAUACAUGUAGUUAGUCCUUUCGUUGAUUCUUCCAAGGGAAAGCAGGAAUCAACAUUGAUUGAUCCUCCUCGUACCAACCAACCAACCAACGGAUUGACUCGACUCAUACUACUAUCAUAAAACCACGAAGAUGCCCUCGCGGCAUGCCGCCACGGACUCGAUUGUGGUGUUGGAUUCUCCACGAGAACAAGACGAAGAAGAAACCACGCUGCACUUUGGUCCCAACAAAUCGUACGACUUGUUUUUGUCGAGCGGAGAACGAAGCAAGGGAGUCGAACUCAAUUUCUUGAACACGUGGGCAAGACCCGACGGAUCGGCGUCCAUCAUGGGAGGGACCGUGUCACACAACUCCUAUCAUCAUACUACUACAAGUACAAGUACCAACACGAGAUGUGUGGCACGAGGAAGUUUGGUAUUACCCAAAACACCUCCGCGGUCUUCCCCCGCAAAUCUCCACAGUGGUACUUCCGACUAUCAUCAUCACCACAACAAUAUCCACACGACCGUCUUGGAUCGAUCCUUUGUUACCAAGCUCAUCAUUGGAGUUGGCGGUCGCGUGCUUUCCAAGCCGCUGGGGCAAGGGACUUAUGUAUCACCCGAAAAAAAGGUUCUUUUGGCCGGCCAUGAACAACAACUCAAUAAUGGUUUGUUCCUGCGAGCCAAGAGCAAGUCUUUAAUGUCGGGCGAAUUUAACGAUGCCGAUGCCACUAGUACGGUCAAGAUUGGAACUGCCUUUAGUGGGGAAGAGACGGACGAAUUAUUGGAAAACAGCAACAAUCAAAGCAAGAAAAACAAGAGCACUACUGGACGCUCUCUCGCAAUGAGUCAAAAAAGCCACAACAACAACAACAAUGCCAUUAUUGUACGACCGCAUUUGAAAAAGAAAAAGACGUUAAAGAGUCGCGUGGCUAGGGUAGCCAACCUGAAGAGUCUGGGGUCGUUUGACUUCCCAGCUAGCCUCGUCACCAAGCGAUUGGGAAUCAAGGGAAAACGAAUUGCGGCAGCUGCACCUAAUACCGAUUCAGCGGCCAAUAAUAACAGUAUUACUACUGCCAAAGUAUAUCGAACGCCGUCGGUCAAACAUUUGGGUAUUUUCAACUUUGACGAUCCCUCCGCCAUGACACCCUCCUACGCACUACCACCCAAAAACGAAGCGAGGUCGAUAACAAGUACGAUUACAGACAGCGACAACAACAAUCAGGAAAGCCAACCAUCGCGUUGUAAUGUUGUGGUGAGAACUGUGAGAUCGGAGAGCAGUGUAGAAAUAAAAUUUUGGACCGAUUUGAUAUCGCAACGAACACGGGGUUAUGGGAAACACCAUGCGCUUACCAGAGCGGCUACAAUCGAGCUGGCAACUGCCUACACCAAGAAUGGUGAUGCGGAGAAAGCAGUACAGACGCUGCGGGAAGCAUUGGACUCUUUGGAGGAGAGGGAUCGGGAACAGAGUCUGGUGGCAGCGGUGAUUCUAGAAAAACUCGCAAGUGCCCUCUCUGCACCAAAGUCAGGUACAAACUAUUUCAAAAAGAACAACCAUCAAGAUGUGAUAUUGGAAGCUCUCGGUUGCUUCAAUCAAGCUUUGCGGAUUCGGUAUCAGUUCUUGGGGCCACUGCAUAUAGACACUGUCGAAUGCCUCAAUACCAUGGCCGCCCUCUACUUUCGGUGUGAAGACUUUCAUAACGCAGAAACAGCCUACUAUGAAGUAUUGGUAUUGCGUCGAGCCAUCUUUGGAAAAGAUAUUUCUGGCUUGGAUCACCCAAGUGUGGCUGUUGCGGCUCAAAAACUAGGACAAGUGCAUGCCCGACUAGCAGAACCGAAAAAGGCGCUCGAGUACUACAAAAUGGCGGAACAUAUCUACGCCUCGCUUCAGGUGCCGGCCGCGAAUCCAUCGUUCAAGUCUCUGCAACGGGACUUGAAAGCAACAGUACAAAAUUGAAUGGAACAUUCGUCGAGGGUAUCGAUACUACAUGUACGAGGGCCACCCGAGAAUUCAUGAUACAUAACACAUAUAUGCUUGUACCUGUAGCUAACGAUAGAUCUAAGUCCUUCUCAACAGUUUCAUGGUAAUUGCCU